AUGACGCAGCACAGCGUCGCGCGGGCGUACAGUAUCAUGCAGGAAGUGCACCAGCUGCGCGACAAAGCUCACUAUCUCUCCGAGAGAAACGCCGACUUGGCGAAAGCGCUGACCUGGACGAAGCAAGAGCUGACAAAAGCUCGGGCAGCGCAGACCGCUGUGUUUUCCGGAACAGUGUUACAGUGGAUGGAAGCAAGAUGCAAGCCCUGUGAAGGUACGUACGAAACGGGUGCUCUGAGUCGCGCGUCGCAGGAAGCUCACUGGAUGUUUGCAGUACAACACAAAGCGACUCAGUGCAGCUUUCGAGAACGUGAUGAAGCUGAUGAGGAAUAUCAGCAGUUCGAGCUAGACCCGCCACUUUCACCUGCACAUCGAUUCGACAGUGUGCAGACUGGUUAUUCGCGUUCGCGCACGUCGUCGCCUACUGCGAAUGCCGUAACGAGUGAGUUGGAGCGUUCGGGGUGCAAACGGAACGGGAACACUGACCUGCUGGUCACGGAUGAAUGGCAGGCCGAUGAAGACUAUGAUGGCCCAAUAGAACGCAAAGCCACGGACGAUCGCACAAAGUCGAAACAAGCGACCGGGUCAUCUAUGUGCACCAGAGACAGCACUGGACGAGAUCGUGUUGAUAGUCUAGCCGAGCAACAUCGGCACAUAUAUUCGUCUCCUGCCGUCUUCUGUUCAGAUUCGAGGCGAACAAAGACUGCUGUAACAAAGCGAUUGCGCCAGAGAGGCACGAGUGUGUCGUACGUCGAGCCCAAGUUGAACACGAAGCUACGUCGGGGCGACUACUACGGUUUAGGCAAGCAGGCAGCUCGGGCGAGAAAACACGGUCGCAGAUCAGGACACCGUGCGACGGCUGAUACGCGUUGCACGGAUUCAGCCUCCAUGUCAGGUUCCUUCAGUCAGCAGUUUAGCCCCUGUUGCCGUCAUAGAGCCAUGAGGUCGGUCCAGCGCAUCUCGUAUGCGGAGCCCAAGCUGAACACGAAGCUCCGUCGGGACCAGAAUGUGGUGCCGCGAACAGAGACCGACGGCGAGCACAAUGCGACGUCUGCGGGCAAGACCGCGUCGGUAGCUACGAACCCCAACAGCUUCGAGGAGCAGUACACGCUCGGCAAGGUCAUCGGUUCCGGCACGUUCUCGGUAGUGCGCACAGCUGUGCACAAUCCCACGGCCCAGCGCUAUGCUAUCAAGUGCAUUAAGCGCGACGGUUUGGUAGCGGAGGACAUUGAGGCUUUGACGACGGAAGUUGCGAUUUUGAAGCAGAUGAACCAUCCGAACAUAAUGAUUCUUCACGACUUUUUCGUCGAAGACAAGUUUUACUACUUGGUGACCGAGUUCAUGGAGGGCGGCGAGCUGUUUGACCGGAUCGUUGAGAAAUCGUACUACAAUGAGAGGGAAGCCCGCGAUCUGGUAAAGCUGCUUUUGGAAGCCAUCAAGUACUGUCACGAUGCGAACGUUGUGCACCGUGACUUGAAGCCGGAGAAUCUCCUGUUGACCAGCAAGGAUGAUGAUGCAUCCAUUAAAUUGGCAGACUUUGGUUUCGCAAAGAGGGUCGAGUUCAAUAGUGAGGGUCUCGUUACAGCUUGCGGUACUCCCGGAUACGUCGCACCGGAGAUUCUCGAGGGCAAGUCGUACGGCAAGACGGUAGACAUUUGGAGCAUUGGCGUCAUCACCUACAUCUUGCUCUGUGGCUACCCUCCGUUUCACGACGACAACCACAAUGCUCUGUUCAAGAAGAUCAAGAAGGGCAAGUUCGAGUUCGAUUCGCCGUACUGGGACCACGUCUCCGACGAUGCCAAGGACCUUAUCUUGGAGAUGCUCGUCGUGGACCCAGAGAAACGGGCAACGGUGGAUCAGCUGUUGGCACACCGCUGGGUCACGGGUACGGAGGUGGCGACUGUGCAGCUCACGAGCGCAUUGGAGGAACUUCGCCGCUUCAACGCGCGCCGCAAGUUCAAGGCCGCCGUCAGCACAGUGUCUGCGACCGUCGGACUCAGCAAAAGGUACAGCAAGUCGUACAGCCAACCGCAGUCAUUGCUGGAUGCGUCCAUUGGCGAUGACCCUGUGGACGUGUCGGACGUCUCGCCAGACACAGUGGAUCCAGACGACAGCGGCGAGACUGCACAAUGGAAAACGUAG